UUUGACGAAUAACAAUAUGAAACGCUUUUUAAUAAUUGCGUUUUUAUUGUUAUACUUUUGUACUGGAUCAGUUCGUGCUAUCUAUGAAUCACAAGCUGGUGUGUUUGAUUGGCAUCAUACUUGGAUCGGCAAACCUCGAUGGGUAGCUCAUCAUCAACAUGCUACUUCUUCACACGUCAUCAUCGCUACAGAACGCAAUGUUCUAGCCUCUUUAGACUCGUCAACUGGUUCCAUUGACUGGCGACAACUCAUGGAACACGAGUUUCAAGAACCAAGGUUGACAACCGAAGGGAUUGUGACGGUAUCAAAGUUCCAUCCUAAGAUACAAUAUUGGGAUAUCAAGUCGGGAAAAUUGGUUUGGGAACGUCAAUUGGAAACUACGCAGACGAGUGGUAUACUUUUAUCGGAUGAUCAACAAACGAUGAUCAUUUCUGGUCAUGACAAGGUAUAUAAGUUGGCAAUCAAAGAUGGGGCUACUAUUUGGGAAUGGGAACAUCUUACUGCUUCAGGUAGUCAUUUGACUUUACAACAAACUGAACAAGAAGUAGUUUAUCUAGUGGAAACCCCUGAUCAUGACAAUAUCAUCACAUCUUCUUCUUCUUCCUGUUUUGUAUCCGGUCUAGAUCAAGUGACUGGUCAAUUAGUUUAUGAUACUGCUCGUAUUUCUUGUCAACCUGAAUCUCCCAUCAUUAUACAUGGCACAACAUUAUUAUGGAUUGAAAAAGAAACUUUGAAAUGGAAUAAGUUUGGAACCAAGAAGGUCCACUACACAUCUUUGAAGACUCUUUUCGGUGGCUCUUCUCCAUUUGCAUCCACAGUUGAUAAAGCAUAUAGCCUUACAACUACUCAAGAUGCUACCAGUGAAGAUGUCUUUUUUAUACAAGCGUAUGCGAUAGAGGAUGGUCCAGAUGCAUUGAGUAUUGUUGGUGUUGUCUCCUUAUCAGCGGAUGGAAAAUCAGUACAAGCGGUGAAAGAUAUGGGUAUCCAGAAAUCAUUGGGUACAGUAACAAAAAUGAAUGGACAAACAACUCGCAUCAGUACAACUUCAUCCUUACUGACAAUGGAAACGUUUAAUGACUACAACAUGAAAGAAUUCGAGUUUGUCGAUCAUCAAGGUGAUAUUGUUCUAUCUCUUUCUAUCAAUGAUACAGUUUUGUUAUCAACAUCAAGUGGAUCUGUUUAUAUGUACAAUACAACAAUGAAGCAAGUGAUUUGGUCUCGUGAAGAAGCUCUUGCUCAUACAACCUCAGCCGUGUUUUUAGAUUUACCAGAAAAGCAAACUUGGACUUUGGUGGAUGAAGAAGAAGUACAACAACAACAACAUGAUUCGCCUUUGACAAGAUAUGUGCGUCGUCUCGGUACUCAUGCUAUUGCUUUACGAAAACUUCCUAGUUGGUUGAUUCAUCAUUUUAUCGAUAUGGGAAAACCAAUGAUAUCUUCUUCUUCUAUUGCUGGUGAUGUGACUACCUUACAAGCUCAACAAUGUUGGAAUAAUAAUAAUAAUAAUGAUCCAUUGUAUAGAGAUAAUUUUGGAAUGCGUAAAUUAUUGAUUUCAGUGACUUCGACAGGCAAGGUGGUGGCUCAGGAUUCUGGUCGUCAUGGCAAGAUUUUAUGGACACGUUAUGUUCAAGGGGUGAAUUUUACACAAAUUCAUGUGGUACGAACAGCAGCUGUGAAAAUGCCUCCGGUGAUUGUGGUGAUAGGUACUUCUCAUACCGAGACGCAUUUGUAUAGAUUGGAUGGAUUGACAGGACAUAAUUACAAGACCACAAGUACCAAGUCUGAUGUACAAGAGGCAUUUGAUCCGGAAUUAGUGACGCCCACUUUGGUAAGCAAGGUCAUGAUGUUACCUUUAGAAGAACCUGAUGAACAUACUCAUCUCUUGGCUUUGUAUGAUGCCGGUACCACUCGUGUCUAUCUCUAUCCUGGUACAGAAGCCGGACGAUUGGUGGCGCAACCCUUUUGGUCUCAAUUCUAUUUCCAUUAUCGUUCUACUCAUGAUGGUAUAUUGAAAGGUUAUCAAGUAGUGGAAGGUUAUCGUCAUAGUUUAACAGCUCAUCCUGUAUGGAAUCUGGCUUUACCUGCAGGAGAACAAUGGUUGACCAUGGCAGGGGGUGAUCAACAUCAAGUGGCUUCUCUUGGUCGUGUGCUUGGUAAUCGCAAUGUCCUUUACAAAUAUUUGAAUCCCAACAUGUUUACUGUUCUUUCUGGUGAUGCCGAACGUAACACUUUGACCGUGCAUGUCAUCGAUGCCGUCAAAGGCACCAUUCUUUAUCAAGCUACUCAUCCCCAUGUUUCUUCAUUUAACGUGCAUUUGGUUCAAGUUGAAAACUGGGUUGUCUAUCAUUUUUGGAGCAAUGAUGGAAAUGAUACUGGAUACCAAGUAGUUGUAUUAGAGCUUUAUGAAGGUGAAUUGGAAAAUCAACGUGUAUCCAGUUCCAAUUUUUCAUCCUUUGAUCCUUUGCAACCUUCGAUACAAUCAGCAGCUUUCGCAUUCCCUUAUGGCGUUCGAGCUAUGGGUGUGACUAGUACAAGAAAUGGAGUUUCGACCCGUGAUAUUCUAUUUGCUUUACCAUCACAUCAAAUCCUCACCGUCAACAAGAGAUUAUUAGAUCCUAGACGUCCCACUCAUCCACCUACGAAGGAUGAUCAAGAAGAACAACUUAUUCCAUAUGCUCCUAUUCCCGAAGAAAGAAAAAUGUUUUUGACUUAUCAUCUUGAAGUCAUCGGCAUUGAACAUAUCAUUUCUGCACCUGCGUUAUUAGAAUCUACUUCUUUGGUAUAUGCUUAUGGUUUGGAUACUUACUUUACUCGUGAUUCACCCAGUCGACAAUUUGAUGUAUUAAGUGAAGACUUCUCCAAAUCACAACUUUUAUUGACCAUCAUUGCUUUGGUGAUUGGUAUUUUGAUGGUAGGACCCAUUGUACGAAGAAAACAAGUCAAUGCUUUAUGGCAAUGAAAAUGAUAUCAGAAAUAGAAAAUAUAUAUAUAUAAUUUUGUAUGGACAUCAAAAAAAAGGAUAGUAGAAUAGCUAUAGCUCUUUUUUAUUUUAUUUUAUUGAUUCG